AUGAUCUAUGAUGCCUGUGCGCAGCAGCGCUCUACGGGGUUGCUGCUGGCAAACAAACAAAUCUACAACGAAUUUAUCCCCUUACUCGCCGAAAAAUUCAUCCUCUCUUUCCACAUCGACCCGGCGGCGUCGUCAUCCGUCGUCGAAAUCGUCAACCAAGAUGGUGAGCCGUGGGGCUCCGGGACUAGAAACAUGGUCGACGCUCGAUCACCUCAUCCAGACAAUGUUCUCGAAACAAUGCCCAUCGACAUAUUCCGCCGGAUGCGAAUUGUCAUUGACGCUCCCAACCCCAAGGACCCUGGGCAACUCAUACGGGCAUGGUACCAGUUGACUCGCUUACUGGCCGCCCUGUUACCUCGGUGGCGCGACAUGAACAAACUCCCAACAACUACGGAGGACAUUGUACUUCCCGAAGGUCGCGAAACGACCCAAUUACCACACGUCGACGUUAUCUUUCGACAAACCGGGCAACGAAAAUGGGCAUGGGGCACAGAAACCCGCCUCAAUCACAGCCUCCCUAGCUUCCAUCACUGGGAUGAUGCCACCAACUCAGUACAAUUGGUACUGGACGGGCCGCACUCCGAUCUGGAGGUGCUGCUGAUCCCUCUCAGACGAAUUCGAGAUGCCACAUCCUUGAACGUGCAUAUGCCUCCCAACACCUACUCAGACCCGGAACUCCGCCAGCUUGUCUCUGUUGUGCAGCAAUCAGCAAAAUCAGAAAUCCCGUUCGGACUGAAUCAGUGCCUGGACGAAGUAUCCGAGUUUCGCGACGACGACGAGUGCUUAGGGAUGGAAGACGCUUUGCAUUUUUGGUUCGACUUUCUCCUUGACGACCUGUCGGGCAAAGCGGCCGCAAUGGUGAGACGGGAAAGAUUCCAAUACUGGUGUGCUGAAUACGAGCAUCAACUGGGCUACCAUCUGGAUGGGUUCUGUGGACCAAAGCAGGAUGUCAUAGGAUCACCGGCGGCAUUCAUGGACAUCGACUUGGUGGACCAUAUCGCAAAUCAAUUCUUCAGCCGCUAUGCCGCCGGCUACCACAUGUAUCAAACCGGGCACCGAAAUUUCCGUUGCAGCCACCAAUAUUGGGAGAAAGAAUGUGAGCGGGACGACACCCGACUAAGAGAGGUCUUGUGGGAGAAGUGUUAUCCCAACGGCAUCGCUCCCAAGUCUCUGAACCCUGAUUGGGACGAAUAUCCGACACCUCCGUGGUUCUGCCCAACUUAUCCUCAACGUGUGCGAAGCCACACAACCUUGACUGCGGACAGAUUGAUUUGCGACUUUAGUGGCACACUCUGUCACGAAUGUGACUUGGGUGGUCAAGACUUUUGGAAUAUCAAACCAAUGUGGAGGAAUGGCCUUUACGUCUAUCUGGACAGUGGCGAUGUGAUUCUUGAAGAGCCAUGA